AACUUAUCCCUUCGCGUACAUAUUAAUAUUUACGCAUACACUCAGUCGUGACUGACCAGUAGAUACGGAAUGGUCUAUAUCUACUUGGUUCACCGUGUUCACCUGUGGAUUGUUCAAUAAUAAUUUCCCAUUUUUUCCAGUAUGAAUUCAUAAUAUUAUUGAAUUAAAACAUGUGAACGGCUGCUUUAAGUAUUGUUGACAGCGGAGUGGCGAAUGACUCAUUGCUAAAAUCACACACGAACUAUCACACAUGAUGCAAUAGACUUUCACGAUUCUCGAAAAUUGCUUUAAAUUUUCGUAUUUUAGUGACUUUAUGUGAUACUGAUUGGGGGAAAUACUGUUAAUCUUCAACUUUGACUUAUCUUAGAAUGGUAAAUGAAUUUCAGUUGAAUCAUAACUUAAAAUGUUAUAAUGAGUACCAUAAACAAUCUUCCAAUAGAGCUGUUAGGACAUAUUUUCAACUACCUCAGCUUUCGCGAUCGCAAAAAUGCAAACGCCGUUUGCACCCUGUGGCACAACGUUCUAUGCGGGGUUCGAUUCCAACGCCAAUGCAAGGUGUCACUAAAUGGCCGUUUCGACGAUGACCUAAAUGAUUUAGAAAAACGUGUUCUCCGCUGCUUUCGGAAUAUUCGUAUAUAUUCCUUCGAUGUAACCGAUUUCGAUGAUGUUGAACUAGUAGGAACAUAUGAUAUCAUAGAAUUUAAGUACCUUUACGAACCAACUCCAGAGGACCGCCUGAUACAGUUAUUAUUUGGAAUGAACCUGAAUCUUGAAAGUCUGGAACUGUCGAGAUCGUUUGAAAGUUGUCGAGAGAUUCUCGAGAAUCGAUUACCACGAAUUAGGAAUCUGCGAGAGCUCUCGUUAGAUUUUGAGCCAAAUGAAAACUUUCUCCCAGAGCAACAUUCAACCACGUGGCCAAUCCAACAUCAUCGAAUAGAAAAAACUAAGAAUUGACGUUCUUUGUGCAAAUUUACCUUUUAAAGUAAUAACACCAAAUUUAACUAGUCUGCACGUGGAUACAAAUUGUCGCCAGAGCUUACAGAUAAUCGAAACGUACUGCAGGCAGUUGCAAUGUUUGGAAGUAACUAUCAAGGAUGCGGAUACGGUUGACGAUAUCAUGACCUGGCCUUUCCCUAGCUUAACGCAUCUGCAAACUUGGGCGAAUGGCGAUAACGACAAAGAAAUGCAGGUUCGAUAUGCUCGUACACGUGAUGUAUACGUGGAUAUGGAAAAAGAAGAACAGUUUGUUAUUGGCAUGCCAAAAUUAAAAAGCUUCCAUUCGACAAACAACUUAACGUUUUUUCGCAUUGGUACGGCUCUUUCGAAAUUUGCUACACAACUCGUUGAAUUAACUCUUGAGAAUCAGGAAAUGGAUUUAGAACAAAUCAAAGCUUUCGAAGCGACAACGAUUAAGGUGCUCAACAUACGGCGGUGCAAAAUUCAGACCCCAUCCCAGACUCUUCCAACGUUGAACAUGCCUCAUCUAAACAGUUUAGUACUGUGGUACAACAAGUCAGAUAUUGUUUUCAAUAACGGACUUUCAGAACUCAAAUCGCUGAAGAUGACACUAAGCAAAUCAAAGAACCACAAAAUUCUGCACAAACUAUGCAACAAUUUGCCGAAUUUGGAAAAUUUAGAAAUAUGGGCAUUCAGACCGUUGGGUAACACAACGUUUCGAUAUCUGCAUAAACUGACGAAGUUAAGAUCGCUUAGGGUGAUGGCAUGUCAAACGAAGACACGCUUUUGGACGCAUUGUUCAGUGAUACCAGCUCUUCGUAGGAUAGAUUUUAUAAGAUGCAACUUAAAUACAGUCACGCUACAGCAUCUGGCUAAAGUGUUUCCCGGUCUCAGCGAACUGAUAUUUGAAGGAUGCAAAGUACUCCACUCCAACGACGAAGGUUCCGGUACGAACAGCACUAUAACGACGUCAAAGCUGGACUACGAAAGCAGAAGAACUUGUUUGCUGCAGUUAAGUGAAUUUUUCCCUCUGUGUGCGAUUUCGUUGUACUAACAAUUUCUCUGACGCAUUUACUAUGGCCAGGCAUUGUAAUUUUCACUAAUGUGAUGGAUGCAGAUAAAUCUACACUCGAAAAUAAA